GUCCGAAGUUAUCCGAAAAAACAAUUCGUUACAAAAAUGGAAAAAUGGCGAUAUCUAAUUAGAAACCCGUGAAUUAGAUAGAAAUGAAACGUUAACAAAAAGUUGUAGGAAUGAAUGAGGACUCAGAUGGCGUAAGAGAUAAAUCCGUUGAGAUAAAAAAUGACGGUCAAUCGAAAGGCGAAGAGAAUGGGGGUGGCAAACCCACCCCAAACCUGACUGAAAACGCAAGUAGGAAUUCGAAACUGGUAGAAAAUGGGCCUACGAAAUUGUCUUCUGCUUACGAAUCGAAAGCUGCAGACAAAACAAAGUCUGAUAGAUACGGGUCUUAUGAUAAGCGCUAUGAUUACAGAGACAGAGGUUAUAAGAAUGCUAAUGGUAUGAAGGGUGGGCCUAGUGGGCGCGGACGAAGGGAAGAUGAUCGACGUUCCAGUCCCAGCAAACCCUAUCGGGGUAGGCAAGAGUUGAAAAGUUCUUAUAGGAGAGAUGACAGGCGAGAAUCUGACAGCAAAAGACCUUAUGAUUCCAGCAAAAGUUACUCAGAUGAACCAAGGCUGACAAAGCUUAUCAAGAAACUUCAGCGGGAGACUGAAAGGGACAGAAGGCUGUAUGUCGUUAAGCAAAUUUUAGAUUUCCUGCCUACCCCUGAUGGAAAAAAGGCAUUGCUGAGAAAUGGCGAUGAACAUCUGGAUAGUUUGAAAGAUUUUUUCUUUGAAAGGGGCUACAAGGAUGUGAAGUCAGAGGUCGUGAAGUGUAUUGGAUAUAUUGGGGCUGUGCUCAACCAUGAUCCACAGAGGUAUUUCAACUGGAUGUUUAGCCAGCUAUCGGCAGUGGAGGAGGAUGAGAUCAGAAUCUACUUCCUGCAGGCUCUGAAAGAGACAAUCAGGCAAAUUGACAGACAGUUGAUUGCGAACUCUGUAGAGGACGUGCUGAACACCCUACAGAGUCACCUGGAGUGUGCAGACACACCUGAGCUGCUGGUGGCCGUGGUGGACGUUAUACUGGAGGUGACCAGGGGAUUCCCAGAGGUCUUCCAGUACUACUUCAGGGACACAGUGGACAUCCUGGUUGGCUGGCACAUUGACUCCAGUCAGCGUGACCGAGUGAUUGAGGUAACGUCAGAGGCCCUCAUCUCGUUCCAACAGUUUUGGGUGCAGGACCAGGAGUUCACACGAGAACUUCUCGGACAGUUCCUGGAAGAUAUGGAGGCAUAUGCAGAGGACCUUAGAGUUCUUGUGAAAGAUCAGCCUGGCAGCCUGGAACCAUGCCCAGAGGAAAUACUGAAGAUUGGUUCCCUCUUGAAGGUCUUCACAACUGUAAUGAAGAGCCUGGGAACGGAGUUUGAUCCCAACCAGUCUGAGGAGCUCUCCUUUCCAUAUCUGCUGGAGAUGUUUGAGAAGACAGUGAGGACUAUCGACAGCGCCGUGAAGUGUUCCUUCUCUGAGUACAUCAUCAUUACAGGUGACGAGUGUUUUGAGGUGAUUCUGGUGCUGCUGCGUGGCGCAGUGCAGGAUUGUCGGGAUGUCCUACUAACCUACGUUACCACAGUAACCUUCCCCGCCCACCCGGUAUCCAACAGAUACAUCUGUGCUGCUCUCAACCUCGUGUGCAAGACAGUGGAGGUGUGUGGUGUACAGCUGCCUGUGUCCUGGCUGACCAGUGUACUCAAGACUGGCUCCCUGCUGAGGUCCAGCAAACUGCUCCACGACUCACAGGUUCUUAAGGCCCUCAUCCGGGUGUACAAAAGGCUACUCAGCCUGCGCAGCAUCCCCCUGCUGGAAGAGACGUACCGACACCUGCUGGGAGACAUUGAGGUGGCAUUCAAUAUGCUGCUGGGGACCAGUGGGGACGAGGGGCUGGUCAGGCUGGUUACCAGCAACCCCUUCGAGGGCAAGACGUACAGCAGGAUGGAGGCCGAGACUGUUUGUGUGUUCAGUCUGUGUGCACUGGGCGAGAUUGGAAACACAAAGAAUAACCUGAUUGGGAUGUGGGCCCUGUCACCCAGCCUGUUUGACCUGUACAGUGAGAGGCUGGAUGUGGUACGAUCCUCCAUUAGUGUCCAGUACCCCGCCCUACAGUACGCCAUCCUGCAGGCUCUCUACUCACACUGUAACACUCAUGGCAACUUCAUCUCAACGAGCUCCCUGCUGACCCAGACCUCGCCCAUGGAGGGCUCCCUGAUGGCCAAUGUAAGCCCUUCCACGAGCUCCAACUUCACGAGGCUGCUAAAGGUGCUGGCGGACCUACUCAGACACCCAAACACCUCCUUUGAUAGCAAGCUGCUGUCAGUGCGUUGGGUGACAGAACUUGUGUCUAGCCUGCGCUCCAGUCCCCAGGUGUACACAACACGCCAGUUUCUGACCCUUGUGCAGGCUCUCUACAUCAUGGGGUAUGACUCAGAGGAGGAGGUGGCAUCCAGCGUCCAGAUCUGCCUCACCAACCUCUUCCAAAACCCGCGUACCUACCCCACCUACAUCGUCAAGGGGUGUGUGAAGCUCUGCAUGUACCGGCUGAAUGAAGGCAGUGAGACACUGAGGGACAACUACUUCUCCCUGCUGUGUCUGCUGCCUCUCAAUGUCACCGCAAGUAAGAACAAUGGCUUGUACCUGCUAGAGGAGGUGACCCAGCUGGCGUACAGUGAGCACGCAGUGGGGCUGGAGUCCCUGUGGCAGGUGUGCAGGCAGUACACCACUCGAGUGCCUCUCGGCUCCUUCCACUCACACAACUUCAGACAAGUCAUGGCUUAUCUACUGCACAACCAGAAAAACAAAGUGGUUGGUUCCCAGGCCUGGUUGGACUCCAUGUUCCAGGCUGCCCAGCGGCCCAGCAGUAAACCAGACUGGAAGUCAGCUGACAUGCUCGUCAUGCAGAACUACGUGAGCCAGAGUGUGACGGUGCAGUGGUUCUGGGGGACGUGGGAGGCAGCCCAGUUCUGUGUGCUGACGCGGCUCAAGACGCCCCUGGGCAAGCCCCAUGAGACAUUCACGUCUAUAGAGGCCGUGCUCAAGUCCCUGGCCAAUCAGGUGCAGGUGCACUCACAGGAGGAUGAAGACAAUGACAGGAAGAAAGGCAAGGUGUCCAGUGGAGAAGGAGAGCUGCAGCGUGUCAAGUUGCUGCUGCAGUUCAUGGAGCAGCUAGAGAAGCACCUGUACAAUGCCUUCGAGGGCACUGCAGGAGCAAUGCCCAGCCUGCCCAAGGCAGUCCGCACGUUCUUUCGUACAAACAAGAACACAUGCCUGGAAUGGCUGUCUCGUGUGCGUAUGUAUGUGAUCGUGCUGGCGAUGCAUGCUGGGAUGUAUGCCACGGUGGUGAGGCAGGCCUCGGUUGUCCUACGGGACCUCAAGGAUACAGAUAACACACAGGGUUCAGAGGUGGAGGUGAUGGUUCAGUACCUGGUACAGGCAUUGUGCAAGCUGGGUGAGGCAGACGCUGUACAGGGCGUGUACUCCUGGUGUCGGGAAGCCCUCGGUAGGAAGUUCAUGUGGGUCAAGGCUGCCGUGGAGAAAGCAAGCGGCAGGUAUGAGAGCGCAGCCAAGGAGUUCCAGUCUGUGAUCAAGGUGACCUUGCAGCAAGUCCUGGACAGUAAGGAGGAGGCUGGGAAGGAGAAUGAAGUCCCCACCCCCUCUCGCAUAACUGGCAUACUGAGCAAGCCCUCGUCCUUGUUCAACUCUACCCUGCCCACUGGGAUACACUUUAAACUCAACAUGUUUGUCAAUGAGGUGCUGGACUGCUAUGUGCAGCUGAAUGACUGGGAGGCGGCUCUCACCUGGCAGCAGGCGUACACUGAGAUGAGGGAGACCUCUAUCCUGAACACCCCACCACCCACGUACAACAUAGACACAAAUGUCAUCAAAGCACUGUCGUUGUUUGACCAGGGUGAGGUGGGGUCCGUGUCGGACCUCCUGGAGCUUGUACCAGAGCCAACAGGGUCGGGUCACUGGGGCGUGGCAGAGCGGGAGAAUCUGGUGUUGAACAGGCUCCUGCGUGCAGCAGCUAUCACCCACCAGCAUGCCAACAACAAUCACAAGUCUGAGAUAGUGGGGCAGCUAAGCGAGGUGGUGGAGAUCUGUGAGGGCCUCCUGAAGGUGCAGUGCAGUGACUGGCCUAUCCUGGCCUCCCCUGACACCCUGGCACUGCUCACCAUAGCUGCCACACUGCAGGACCAUGUGGACAACAAGAGUGUGUGCCUGUUACCACUGAGUGACCGGUUCCACAUGGAUGAAUCCGACCAUCGACUCUCUACAUUCCUGCAGGCACUGAGGCUUGUACAGCUGCAGCAUCACAUCUCUAAUGGGACGCCAGAUCUUUUGGAGCAGUUACAUCGUCUACAGCUAUCUGUUGCAAGUCUUGCCAGAAAACAAAGCAACUCAGGUCUUGCCCAGCGUAUCCUGAACACCCAGGCGACCUCAUUCCUAGAAGGUCAAGGUGACAUCAAGGUGGGGUUUGACCUUGACUCCCUCAAGGUCAACAUGAAGCAGCUGCUGGGGGUUGAAGGUUACAGCCAGGUGAAGUCUCUUAGACUGCAGAGAGAGGCAGCCAAGCUCUUACAUUGUGCAGGUGACCACCGGGAUGCGGUUGAUCUGCUGUCCAGCAGCGUGGUGGGGUAUGUCCAGUGCGGAGUGCGAUCUUCCACAUGCAGUGACCUCACCGCAAGGUCACUCCUCACCCUGGUCAAGUGGCUCCAGGUUGACCACAAGCUGCUGUCUAGCCUAGCGAGCAGUGUGGGUCAAGGGGAUGGUCUCAACACGCUGGCGGUCAAUGUACAGCAUCUGCUGGAUCUGGAGGAGAAGCAAGCCUCCAGUAACAUGAGACUGAUCAUCAAUAAGGACAGCGCAGAUUUGAAGAUCGGGGACAACCCUAUCCUGACUGAUACGGACCGUAUCGUGGGUCGCCUGCUUCACCUGAGCACAGUACAGAGCGAGAGUCUGCCCAAGGGCUGGUACGCCUUCGCAGGCUGGUGCUACAAGUGGGGCAGGAAGGCUGUGGACAAUGCCAGUCAUGGCAGUGUACAGUUGUUGUCAGAAGAAAAGACCCAGAUUCUUUCACUUUUGCCAGAGGACAUCAGUGAGGGGGAAAGAGAUGCAGUGGUCACUAUACUGGGUCGUGUCCACUCCAGCUUGACCAGUGAGGAGGAUAUUAGUGAUCAGGACCAGAGUCAGUAUGAUGAUGGUACAGAGACGCGUCGUCAGUUGCUGGUCUCCUGCGAGGCCCUGUGUGACUCAGGUGAUGCAUUGGAGGCCCUGCUGGGGGUGUGGCGGGGCGUGGUACACAGGAUCUACCACUACUAUCAGCUGGCUGCCAGCUCUUACUUCAAGUUCCUCAAACUGAACGGAGAGAAUGAUCCUCUCAAGGAGGAGAACACAGAGGACUGCAACGUGAUCAGCACACUGCGUGUCCUGCGACUCCUUGUGAAGCACGCCUGGGAGUUGCGCACAGUUCUUGAAGACGGGCUAGCGGAAACGCCCACCACCCCCUGGAAGGGGAUCAUACCCCAGCUGUUCUCACGGCUGAGCCACCCAGAGGCGUAUGUGCGCCAGAGCAUCUCUGACCUUCUGUGUAGAGUGGCCGAGGACGCCCCUCACCUGAUAGUGUACCCCGCUGUGGUAGGCAGCUAUACCACCAAGAUGGAGGCCAAGACGGAGACUGGUCUACUGACAAACUACUUGGCUGUGGAGGGUGUUGGUGAGGGUGAAAUGGAGGGUGAUGUGGUGCCCUUGCAGGAGGAGGAGGGUGACACAGACCCUGAGGCAGACUCUAUGCUCCACAGCUGCAUUGUGUCCAUGCUGAACACCCUGGCAGUGAAGUCUCCACAAAUGAUUGGUGACGUGAAGCAGCUGAUAGAGGAGCUGCGUCGUAUCACGCUACUCUGGGACGAGCUGUGGCUGGGAACUCUCAACCAGCAGCACCAGGACGUGGAGAGACGGAUCUCACAGCUCGAGGCAGAGAUCAAGAGGGUCAACAACAACUCUGCCCUUGGCAACGACGAAAGGGCCGCUAUCAUACGGGAGAAACAUAAAACCGUUCUCAAACCGACUGUGUUCAUGAUGGAGCGUGUGAGUGAGAUCACCAGUCAGCCCCCUGCCACACCCCACGAGGUUUGGUUCCAGGAGGCGUAUGGACAGUUGAUCGCGAACGCUCUUAACAAACUGAAGAACCCACCAAACCCCAGCCACCCCCGGGCCAGCUGGCACCCUUUCAAACAGAUCCACGUGAGCCUCCAGCAGAGGGCCCAGAAGCGUGUCAGCCUCAUUCUCAAGAUGGAGGAGAUAAGCCCAAAGCUGCACGCGCUGCGUAACACCGUGAUCGCCAUGCCGGGCCUAGGGGCCGCCGGACAGAUAGUCACCAUCGAGUCAGUCUCCAGCGCAGUCCAGAUCCUACCCACCAAGACCAAGCCCAAGAAACUCGUGUUUAAAGGGUCCGAUGGCAAGAGGUACCCGUACCUGUUCAAGGGUCUGGAGGAUCUCCACCUGGAUGAGAGGAUCAUGCAGUUCUUGAACAUCGUCAACAACAUGUUUGCAGCUGCCGAUAAGGGUAGCCAUGAGUUGUACCGCGCCCGCCACUACUCAGUGACCCCCCUGGGGCCGAGGUCAGGCCUCAUACAGUGGGUGGACGGUGUGACCGCCAUGUUUGCCCUGUACAAGCGCUGGCAGCAGCGAGAGGCGUUGAUUCAGAUGAUGAAGCAGCAGGCUGCAGGGGCAACCAAUCAGCAGCAGACUGCAGGGGGAGCAUCUGCCAAUCAGCAGCAGCCCAAUAUUCCACGUCCUAGCGAGGUCUACUAUAAUAAGCUGACACCUCUACUUAAAGAAAAGGGUAUCAAGGACCUAGAGAGUCGUAAGGACUGGCCCCUCAGCGUGCAGUGCAAGGUUCUACAGGAUCUGAUGGCAGAGACGCCCCGUGACCUCCUCUCUAGGGAGCUCUGGUGUACCAGUACUGGCCCCAAUGAGUGGUGGUACGUGACCCAGACAUUCGCACGCUCCACCGCGGUCAUGUCCAUGAUCGGCUACAUCAUUGGGCUUGGAGACAGACAUCUUGACAACGUGCUGGUGGAUCUGUCUACUGGCGAGGUGGUCCACAUCGACUACAAUGUCUGCUUUGAGAAGGGCAAGAGCCUGCGCGUGCCUGAAAGAGUGCCCUUCAGACUGACGCAGAACGUGGAGUCUGCGCUGGGAGUCACAGGAAUAGAGGGUACAUUCCGCCUAGCGAGUGAGCAUGUGAUGAAGACACUGAGGAAAGGCAGGGAGACCCUUCUCACCCUUCUUGAGGCCUUCGUAUAUGACCCCCUGGUCGACUGGACGACGGGCAACGAGGGGGGGUACACAGGGGCGUUCUAUGGGGGCGGAGGAAUGGGAGGGGGUGGAGGGGACAGCAGACAGGGCCGGGUGGACAUGGAGAGAGAGAUCACUGCCAGCAUGUUCUCCAUUAGAGUCGCAGAGAUGAGGGUCAACUGGCUUCAAAACAGAGAUGAGCUGCUGGCCGUGUUGCCCCGGGCUCAGGGUCACCUGGACAACCGGGCGGCCCGGAUAGCAGAGUACACCCAGCUAAUGGUGGAGGAGCAACAUCUACAGGAACUGAGACAGCUCAUACAGGAGGCACAAGCUAACCCUGCCAGCCCGCUUCUGUCUCUAGCUAGGAGGUAUGGAGAGUAUGAGGUGAUCAAGAGGAACCGUGACAGUGUGAACGCCCUCAUACAGGAGAAGAUAGGAGAGUGUCUCAGCUGGCAUAACAUGCACAAGCAUGUGAUGACCAAGGUGGUAGGUGCAGCCUUCCAGCAGAUGUGUGUGGACAUAGCUGCCUCCCUCAACCUGGGCACUCCCAGCUUCAACACAGCCAAGGACUUCCUGCAGAGUGCUGGACAGGGGUCUGUCAUACAGCAGUGUGAGCUGGUGGAGUCUGAGCUGACGGCCAACCUGACUGUGCAGCGGGACAACCUGCGGCUGAUGAUUGACGUGCUCCAUAGGUACGGCACCAUUGUGUCCCAGUUUGGACAGAGCUUUCCGGACAACACACGCACCAGCCACUACCUGAACUGGCUACGAGAACUAGUGGUGGACUUCUCAGAAUCAAAGUGUGAGGAUAUCAUCCGUCAGUGUGGUGACACAUUCGGGGACAGCAGGAUGACCCCAGCGCGGGUGCAGGUGGUGCGUGCCACAGACUUGCGACUGCAGACCAUCAUACAGGAUACCAACACCAGGCUGCUUAAACUGCUAGAUAGACGUAGACAGGAGAAGGCCGACAUUCGAAUGCUGGAGAUGAACGUGAAAGAGUGCCGCUCAGCCAUUGAUAUCUUCAUUCAAGAGUGCGGUGACGCUGGAGUGAAGAGCCUUUCUGCGGUGGUCCUCACAGUCCUGUGUACCCUCAACAAACGCAAUCUGCAGAUGGAGGCCGCAGCAACAGGUGCGGGUGACCGCCUGAUGGACCUGACCUCGCGCGAUGGUGACUGGUUCCUGGAAGAGCUGUGUAGCAUGAGCGGCAACGUUACCCAGUUCCUGGACAUGGUCUCCUUGUACCAGCCUCAGCCAGAUGACUCACAGCUGGGGGUCAUGUACCGUGGCAUGCAGGCCACCAACCACGUGUACAACGCCUUGCAGGACCUGAACGUUAACUUCCGCACGAUCAUCCUGCCAGAGGCCCUGAAGAUCAUCCAGAGUCAGGAGUCAUCAGUGUUCCUAAUCCUGUCCCGUCUGGAGGCCAUCCUACGUGAGCCCGGCGGUCCCUCCCUAGACACAGUCAUACAACAGCUGGAGGUGCUGCAUAGGAACGCUGUCAUGGGAAUCAAGAAUGAGAACACAGAGCUGCUAUCACGUGUGACUCGUAUCCGGGCCGUGUUCAAGGACCUGUUGGAGACGGGGGUGACUGGAGUACAGGACCUGACGCCCGGACAGAUGCUGCUCAUGGGCUUCAACGGUCUGUUCACGCGUCUGGAGGAGGAGUUCUCCUCCCUGCUGGAGAGUGUCGACAGUCUGCAAGUGCCCAGCAUGUGGAGGAAGGUGGACGUGGUCAAGGAGGCAAAGUCUUUACAGCUGUCCUCGUUCACCACCAACACCCGCAGCCUGCUGUCAAGCCUGUUCUUCAUCCGCCGGCUGCAGGUGAUGCAGGAGUUUUUCCACACCUGCACACAGUUUGCCGCAGCCAUCCAGGGGCUUGAGGGGGGAGCCUGCGCUGAUGAUGAGCAGUUCACGAGGCCUGUCAAACGCUUUGUGGCAGACUUCGUCAGAAAACAGAUAAUUGGGUUCCCGACCCAGAUCCUGGGCUACAUCCUGUGUUCCACAAUGGAGUCGAUGGGUCUGGACGUGACAGCUGAAGUGGAGUUGAAGGACGUUGGGGCAGAGUCGAAGGCGCCGCUUGAGGAGCUCUGCAAGAAGGCCGUGGACCAGGCGCUGAGGCUGGCGCUCUUCCAACAGGUGCACUUAAGUCAGGCCAGCACCCUGACCACCAGCCAGGACGCAACCUGGCGCAGGCACGACCUUACCAGACGACUGGACUGUAACCUUGAGAUCUUAAAGUCUAGCCUGCAGCGAGCCAGGCUACACAUCACCAGACUGCACUGGAUCCACGAGGACGUGUUCAUGAGAGAGGGCGUACUGCCAAACACCAUGGUGAUGGCAAACAGGGCAGCAAUGAUGUUGGAAAUCAAAAGGGUCAUGCAGGCGGUGGUGAGUGAGGAGCAGCAGCUGGGCCAGUGCCAGGCGCAGUAUGCCACCCUGGAGUCCAGCAUCACCCAACGCCUCAAGUGGGCGGCUGGAGCCAACCCUUCCCUCAACCUCGUACUUCAGCAGUUUGAGGACGCCAGCCACAUCAGGAAACAGCUUGCUGAAGAGGAGGCCAAGAACUCCCAGGAAGUGAUCAGUCUGUGUCAGGGUAUCCUGCACAUGGAGGCACUACGGACCCGCACACCAGAGGCCCUCACGUCUGAGACCAACUUUUUGCUCCUCAUGAACAAAUGUCUGGAGAGCUGCCAUCAGACGUCCCAGUCCAACAGCUCUGUGGGUCACCUAGAGAUCAUGCUCAUGCAGAUGAAGCCACUGAGUGAUGGAGAGCAGACAGACGGGGCGUGGCUGGUUGGCGCACACAAGGAGGUCACACAGAGGCUCAAGGAGGCAGACAAGAAGAUGUUGGCGCUGAAAAACAGCAUCGAUGAUGCAAGGGAUGGAAUUCAGGCAGAAGUUGACACCAUCAAGUCCGUUAUACAGACCCAUCAUAAGCUGAUGUCUGACAUCCGCACCAUUCUCAAGUCUCUAGCUAAGCAAGAGGAGACUGAGCAGGGAGAGCAGGUGAUUGCAGGCGGUAUCCGUGACUACCUGAACAUGCACAAGAAGUUCUCUGAGAACCUCGUGUUGGGGCUCAAACUGAUGGUCAGUGAGGAGUUCACAGCAGACAGCAUGGCAGAGACACGGCAGCUGCUGGCUAGUCUGGCAGAGCAGAUACCACUGAUCUAUGACGAGUUGGUGAGCCUGGCGCCCCCUCUACCUAGCAGUGGCGAGGACCAACGCAGUGGCAGUCCACUCAGCUUUGCAACAGCAGUGAAGAAGUCAGCAUCAGGUACUGAAGAGGCAGGGCUGCGUCGCUCAUCAACGAUGCACCCGGCCCAGACCAAUACCCCACCCAGUAAUAGUCCACAGACCAACGUCGGCAAACCAGCUGUCUCCACACCAGCAAAGAAGUCAGAAAAAGUAGCAAGGGACCCUAAAACUGGGAAAGCUAUCCAGGAGCGGAACAGUUACGCGGUGGGCGUGUGGCGCAGGGUCAAGAUGAAACUUGACGGACGUGAUCCGGACCAGAACAAGCGUCUCUCUGUGCAAGAGCAGGUUGAGUAUGUGAUCAACGAUGCAACCAGUCUGGACAACCUGGCAGUGCUGUACGAGGGCUGGACGCCCUGGGUGUGAACCAGUCUGCAUAGCCUGAGCAGCAACAGAGCACGUCUUGAUACGACGUCUAUCGCACUAUGCCCCACACUGAGGAUGCGUGCCUCAUCGUCGCGGCGAUUGUGGGACGGACAGGGGUCAGUCGGCAGGGUAGAGCCUGGAAUGUACCUUCAUAGCUAUACAAACAGUCACAGGGCCCCGCCCGGGGGUCCAAACAUGUGGCUUAGCGAACGAAGGCGAUUUUUACUACCAACUUCUGUUAUUUCACUGUGAGGUGUUUGCUGUAGAGAACUGUGUUUUGUCUGUAAAUUGAGGACCAUUGGCUUAUGUGAUCUGUACGUAUUCGUGUAACAUGGAACCCUUUGUGUUAUGUAGUGUGUCAGCGUGGGUGAGUUUGUGUUCAUUUAAAUGAUAUGAAAAUGUCUUCUUUAUGUCUGAAGUUGAAAAAAAUUGUUUUUAUAUGUUUUAUGAAAUUAUGGUGCAAACAACUGCAGUUACUUAGCUUUAAGGAGGUGAAAAAUUAUAUUAAAACACUACAUUACAUUUUGUUCUUGACAUUAUAGUAUCAAAAUCAUUUUCAAUAAUCAAACGUUUCAAUAGCAAUAAGAUGAGUGACAUGUAAUUUCUUUAAAUACAGCACAUUGAAUAAGUAGCAUCAUUCUUCACAUGUGCCAAUUUUCAGCUUCGUAUGUCUAUGAGCUCAACAGAAGCAGGUAAAUAUAAUUAUGGAUAUAAUAAUCAGGGUGGAGGAUCACGUGGCUUUGUGGGGUUCACAAUUGAACAUUAAAGGAUGUUAACACACCAGUAUGUGGUGCUUUGCUUCAUAUAACUUUUUAAAACAAUUUUUGUUUAGAAUUUCAACUUAUGCAUAAAAGACAGUUUUUAUGCUGUUAAUAGCUAUGUCAGAUACGUCAGUAUUACUUUAAUACGCCUGUUCUUGGGAAAAAAUGUAUGUAUAACGCAUUUAUGUACACUGUUAUGCUGCACGCAACAUGAAAUUUUGGCACUUAUUUCAGAGAUAUUCAAUAAUUUAUUCUUAAAUCUUAAGAUAUCAGUACAAACUGCAAGGAAAACUGUCUUUUAUGCACUUAAUAUAGUAGUGGGGGACAUAUUGUUUUUGCCCUGUCUGUUGGUCUGUUUGUCUGUUGGUCUGUUUGCGCCAACUUUAACAUUUUGCAAUAUCUUUUGCUAUAUUGAAGAUAGCAACUUCAUAUUUGGCAGGCAUGUGUAUCUCAUGAAUCUGCACAUUUUGAGUGGUGAAAUAUCAAGGUCAUCCUUCAAGGUCAGAGGUGAAAUAUAUGUGGCCAAAAUUGCUCAUUUUAUGAAUACUUUUGCAAUAUUGAAGAUAGCAACUUGAUAUUUGGCAUGCAUGUGUAUCUCAUGGAGCUGCACAUUUAGAGUGGUGAAAGGUCAAGGUCAAGGUCAUCCUUCAAGGUCAGAGGUCAAAUAUAUGUGGCCCAAAUCGCUUAUUUUAUAAAUACUUUUGCAAUAUUGAAGAUAGCAACUUGAUAUUUGGCAUGCAUGUGCAUCUCAUGGAGCUGCACAUUUUGAGUGGUGAAAGGUCAAGGUCAUCCUUCAAGGUCAGAGGUCAAAUAUAUGUGGCCCAAAUCGCUUAUUUUAUGAAUACUUUUGCAAUAUUGAAGAUAGCAACUUGAUAUUUGGCAUGCAUGUGUAUCUCAUGGAGCUGCACAUUUUGAGUGGUGAAAGGUCAAGGUCAUCCUUCACAAGGUCAAGGUCAUCCUUCAAGGUCAAACAUCAUAUAGGGGGACAUUGUGUUUCACAAACACAUCUUGUUGCUAGUGUAUUUCAAUAACUUGAGGUAUUUGCAAAAAUAAAGAUAUUAACGGUGUGUUUACAUUUUGUCCAGCCUGUGUGAAAACCCCUGUGAACCAUAUUGAUUCUGCACCCUGAUAAUGCAUAAACAAUGAAUUUAGUCCCUGUAAAAUUGAUUUGUAUGUAAACAUUGUAAAUGACAUUAUCAGAAGAAUGAAGGUUGGCGUGUACUACCUUUUAACUGUUAACAAAGUUUAAAUGUGGGCAAAGAAACAAAAUCAGUAAUGUUUGUUUUAAAAUCUUAGUUCCUUCUUGUUCGUCACAACUUUAUAAUUUUGUUAUUAUUCCACACCAUGGCCUUGUUGGGAUAAAGAGAUGGAACGCUUUAUAAUAUUUUUAGAGAAUAAUUAGCUCCUAGAUCUGCAACGCAUUUUGUCAAGGUUUCACACUUGCAUUUUUUUAAGGAGCUAAUGUUUAAAAUUACAUAAUACCAAGGCCUUGUGAUUGAAAUUUGGCUUUUUUGUGUGAGAAAACUAUUAUUAUCGCCAAAUUAUACAGCACACUUUGUCAAGGUUUCACAAUAACUUAUUUUUUAGGGAGCUAUUUUUUUAAAUUACAUAAUACCAAGGCCUUGUGAUGGAAGUUUUUCUGUUUUGUUUGAAAAUUCAAAUUUGUACUGUACCCUUUUGACUACAAUUCACCCAUGGGGUGGAUUCACUCCCUGUAAAAACUUAGCCAACAGAUUAUUUAAUAUGAAAAAUAUUGAGGCAUUGUGAAAAAAAAACUCACUACUUAAGAAGACUUUUAGUAUCAUUUAAUUGCGAAAACAUUCACCAUCUGUAAAAAACUGUUAAACAUCUGUGUGCUUAAUGUAUUGUUGAUGUGUGUCGGGAAAUGAUUUCUUGUCCAGGUUUGCUUACUUUCCGAAGCCAGUGGUUCAGUAAGGGAGUUUUAAGACUAGGUAUGUGGAAUUAACAGCUGCACUCCUACAAAGUAGACUUGGUGGAAUCACCAGAGAAUUUGACAUGGAACAUAAUAUAUAGUUAAAUAUGUGUCAGAGAAACUUGUGCAUUGCAAAAGCUGGAAACAACAAAGUGGAUGUAAUUGUUGGUUUUUGUACAGCAUAUAUUUUAUGUUUUGAUGAUGUAAAUAACAUUGUUACUUAUAAUUACUGUUGUGUUUUUUCCUUUCAUUUACUUGUUUUUUCGAUUUUGUUGUAUAAUUAUGCAAAAUUUACAUUGAAAAAAAUAAAUAAAUGGAUGUAUUCCACACAAAAAAAGAUGAGUGGUAAAUGUAUUUUAAUAGUGUUUAGUUGUAUUUAUUUUAUAUGAUUAUUGGGUAUGUAUAUAAGGAAUACCCACAUAUGUAAAUAGCUAGUGGAUGAAAAUGACUAAUCGUGCUGUUUUUUAUUUGUACCAGUUUUGAACAUAACAGCCAUGCUCUGGGGAAAUGGGGCUUAAUGCAUGUGUGUAGUAUCGUCCCAGAUUAGCCUGUGUAGUCUGCACAAGCUAUCCAGGGACGAAACUUUCAGCCUAAAGUGGAUUUUCCUUAAGGAGAAACUUCCUUUAAAUGAAAAAUACAGUGUAAAGUGUUGUCCCAGAGAGGACUGCACAGGCUAAUUUGGGACGACCCUUUCAGACAUGCACUUAGCCUAUUUAUCAUAGAGCAAGACUCAUAUUUUUAGUGUUGUUUUAGCAGCAUGGUUGGUGUUGCUGCCUGUGCAGCCGUCAUGUGCAGCCAUUUUGUAUGGAAUCAACGCUAACAUUGACCACGGAGUGUAGCAAGUUUGUGUUUACUGGUAGUUUUUGUGCCUGGAAUAUAAUCUGUUACAAAAGACAGUAAUAGAUUAUUAUGAUAUACCAUUUUUUCCUGCUGCCUAAAGAGAUACAAACUGCUUAUAAGAUCUAUUUGGCAGUAGUUAUUUAAGGUUUUCAUUUAUAUUUGAAAGAAAUAAUCUGUAUGUAUUUUGGUUGUUGUCUUUAUUCAUAUAUCACUUAGUCUACAUAUUGCUGAAUAUUAUGUAGUAUCUUUUUUACUGAUGAAUGUAUUUUUAGCUCGACUAUUAUAUAUGAAAUAUAUAUAGUGGAGCUAUCCUACUCACCCCGGUGUCGGCGUGAGUGUCUGCGUUAGCGUGCAAAUGUAAAAGUUUUCGUACUACCCAAAAUAUUUUCUUUGUCCCUUGACAUAUUGCUUUCAUAUUUUGCAUACUUGUUUACCAACAUGACCCCAACCUAUAAACAAGAGCAGACAACUCUAUUAAGCAUUUUGUCAUAAUGAUGGCCCCUUUUCCACUUAGAAUAUGCAGCAAAUGUUAAAGUUUUCGUACUACCCCAUUUAUUUUCAUUGUCCCUUGACAUAUUGCUUUCAUAUUUUGCAUACUUGUUUACCAACAUCACCCCAACCUAUAAACAAGAGCAGACAACUCUAUCAAGCAUUUUGUCAUAAUUAUUGCCCCUUAUAUACUUAGAAUAUGCAUAUUAUUAAUAAUCUAUGUUAAAGUUUUCAUACUACCCCAAAUAUUUCCUAUAUCCUUUGACAUAUUACUUUUACAUGUUGCAUACUUGUUUACCAACAUGACCCCAACCUAUAAACAAGAGCAGACCACUGUAUCAAGCAUUUUGACAUAAUAAUGGCCCCUUUUACACUUAGAUAAUUGAACAUUUUGCUUAAAUUGCCAUAACUUCUUUAUUUAUGAUCACAUUUUAUUAUUACUUUGACAAAACAACACUUACCUGAAAACCACAAUGGAUUCCACCCAAACAAUACCCCACGCCCCUACCCAGAUUUUUUUUAUGUCCCCCACUAUAGUAGUGGGGGAAAUAUUGUUUUUGCCCUGUCUGUUGGUUGGUUUGUUGGUCUGUUGGUCUGUUUGCGCCAACUUUAAUAUUUGCAAUAACUUUUGCAAUAUUGAAGAUAGCAACUUGAUAUUUGGCAUGCAUAUGUAUCUCAUGGAGCUGCACAUUUUGAGUGGUGAAAGCUCAAGGUCAAGGUCAUCCUUCAAGGUCAUAUAUAUGGGUCAAAAUCGCUAAUUUAAUGUACACUUUUGCAGUAUUUCAAUAUUCAAGAUAGCAACUUGAUAUUUGGCAUGCAUGUGUAUCUCAUGGAGCUGCACAUUUUGAGUGGUGAAAGGUCAAGGUCAUUCUUCAAGGUCAGAGGUCAAAUAUAUGUGGCCCAAAUCGCUUAUUUUAUUAAUACUUUUGCAAUAUUGAAGAUAGCAACUUGAUAUUCGGCAUGCAUGUGUAUCUCAUGGAGCUGCACAUUUUGAGUGGUGAAAGGUCAAGGUCAUCCUUCAAGGUCAAAUAUAUGGGUCAAAAUUGCUCAUGUAAUGUCACUUCUGCAAUAUUGAAGCUAGCAAUUUUAUAUUUGAAAUGCAUGUGUAUCUCAUGGAGCUGCACAUUUUGAGUGGUGAAGGGUCACGGUCAAGGUCAUCCUUCAAGGUCAAACGUCAUAUAGGGGGACAUCUUGUUUAUUUAUUUUUUAAACAUCAUCUAAUAAAUUACCACAACCCACAUUAAACCUCCCUCUCACCCCCCCUACCCCCCCCCCCAAAAAAAAAAAUUAAAACAAAAUUUAUUUAUUUUUUCCUUCUUUUUUAUUUUUGAAAGAUCUUCUAAUAAAUUAUUGAAUAUGAACAAUUUCCCCAUGAUGUCUUACGUUAUACUGUUAAGCACUCGAAUAGUCGAGCGCGCUGUCCUCUGACAGCUCUUGUUUGUUCUUUUUACCAAGCACCAUUGCAGGUGUGUUAUUGUAUCACAGGAUUAUGUUUUUGUGCUUGACAUGUUUUGCACAAAGUAUCAUAACAUGUGAUUACCUGCACAAUUAUUUAUUACCUUUAUAAAUAAUAACUUGCAAUUUUUAAAAAGUAUCAUCAGUGCAUUAAAGCUGUAUCUCCAGGGAAGUCCAAACUUAGUUUUAGUGCACUUAGUCAACAGAGGGCAAACUCUGGUCGGGAGCUACACUGUCCGCUAUAAAGCCAUGAAACAACUGUAAUGUCUUAAUAUUUAAAUGGAUGAAAAUUAUAAACAGGUAAUAAUUGUAUAAUUGAUCAUAAUUUCUUUAAUCAAAAUAUCUGCAUAGAUGUUCUCAGUAACUUACAAAAUUGUUGUUUUUUUUUAAAUAAAAAAGUAGAUUAAAACAAAGAUAUAAGCUGAUUGAUGUAUGCACAUGUGUAUAUUUAUUAACAUAAUUGCAAACUGCAUCUUAAAGUACUCAUUUACAUUAACCUUGAUGGGUGUUUGACAAGUAAACAUGAAUGAAUCAUUCUUUCUUUCGUUUAUAUAUAUUAGUAAUGGUUAUUUUCUUAUAUAAAACACAUUUUGUGGUUUUAUUUAAUUUGUGGUUUUGAAAUGUAAAUGAUUUUUCUAGGAAAACUCAAAGUAGAUAAAAAAAAUAAUGCCUAUUUCCGUAUAUCAUUAAUUAAAUGCAAGAUGUGCUGUGUGCUAGUUAAGCUAAGAGUUGUUUCCCUUUCUUUAAAACAAUCGGAUUUCUCUUAUUAAUUUAAAUGUCUAAACAUUAUUUUAUUGCUUGAAUGCAUCUUAAUUGCAGUUUCUUUGUUAUGAUUACUUUGUUCAACAUAUGCCACCCUUGGUUAUAGAUGAAUUGGACAUGAUAAUUACAUUGAUAUUAUUUUGUGGUAGAAUAAACUGAAAAUUCAAGGGAAAUUUAAAUCAUUUUCAAAUCAUUUUCUGUUCAUGAAAAAUAAAGCUAAUUUUUGGA